AUGGGUGAUUACGUGACUCCUGGCGAGGAGCCACAAGAGCCAGGCAUCUACCGAAGUGAGCAGAUGUGUUUGGCACAGCUCUAUCUUCAAUCCGAUGCCUCUUAUCAGUGUGUUGCCGAGUUGGGAGAGCUGGGACUCGUGCAGUUUCGUGAUGUGAGUUUAAACCCAGACGUCAGCUCUUUCCAACGAAAAUAUGUGAACGAGGUGAGACGAUGUGAUGAGAUGGAAAGGAAAUUGAGAUUCCUGGAGCGUGAAAUCAAAAAAGAUCAGAUUCCAAUGCUAGACACCGGCGAGAAUCCCGAUGCGCCGUUGCCAAGAGAGAUGAUUGAUUUAGAGGCCACAUUCGAAAAACUCGAAAACGAGCUUCGCGAAGUGAACAAAAACGAAGAGACACUCAAAAAGAACUUCUCGGAACUCACCGAGCUGAAGCAUAUUCUAAGAAAAACUCAAACUUUCUUUGAGGAGGCUGGAACUGGGGAAAUGCUGCCACCGCACGAAGACAUGAUUGCAUCGUCGGCGGAAAAUUCGGGAAUCGGAGAUGUGUUGAGUGCAGAUGAGGAAGAGUUAUCAGCCAGAUUCAGCGAUGCUAUGUCACCAUUGAAGCUUCAAUUACGAUUUGUCGCUGGUGUGAUUCAGCGUGAACGUCUUCCUGCAUUCGAACGUCUUCUUUGGAGAGCGUGCCGUGGAAAUGUGUUCCUUCGAACCAGUGAAAUCGACGAUGUGCUCAACGACACCGUUACUGGAGAUCCAGUUAAUAAAUGUGUCUUCAUCAUCUUCUUCCAGGGAGAUCAAUUGAAAACUAAAGUCAAGAAGAUUUGUGAAGGAUUCCGUGCCACCCUCUACCCAUGCCCAGAUACUCCACAAGAGCGUCGAGAGAUGUCGAUUGGUGUGAUGACCCGUAUUGAGGAUCUUAAAACCGUCCUCGGCCAGACCCAAGAUCAUCGUCAUCGUGUUCUCGUCGCUGCUUCAAAGAACGUUAGAAUGUGGCUGACGAAGGUCCGAAAGAUCAAAUCCAUCUACCAUACUCUCAAUUUUUUCAACAUCGACGUCACACAAAAAUGUCUGAUCGCCGAGGUGUGGUGCCCGAUUGCCGAGCUGGAUCGAAUCAAGAUGGCAUUGAAGAGAGGAACUGAUGAGAGUGGAUCUCAAGUUCCAUCGAUUUUGAAUCGCAUGGAAACUCACGAAGCUCCGCCCACUUAUAAUAAAACCAACAAAUUCACAAAAGGAUUCCAGAACAUUGUAGAUGCUUACGGAAUUGCCACAUAUCGUGAGAUCAAUCCAUCUCCAUACACAAUGAUCUCAUUCCCAUUCCUAUUCGCCGUUAUGUUUGGUGAUAUGGGACAUGGAGUGAUCAUGUUCCUUGCCGCGUUGUUCUUUAUUCUCAAAGAGAAACAAUUGGAGGCCGCACGGAUUAAGGAUGAGAUCUUCCAGACGUUCUUCGGAGGAAGAUAUGUCAUCUUCUUGAUGGGUGUCUUUUCGAUUUACACUGGAUUCAUGUACAAUGACAUCUUCUCGAAAAGUGUCAACGCUUUUGGAUCGUCCUGGACCAAUUCAAUCCGUCAUGAAUAUAUUGAUGAUGUAUUGGAAAAAGGAGAAAAGGCAUCAGAAGCUCAAUGGAUGUUGGUUCCCGAGUUGGCUUACGAUGGAAAUCCGUAUCCAAUUGGAGUGGAUCCAGUCUGGAAUCUUGCGGAAGGAAACAAGCUCUCUUUCUUGAACUCGAUGAAAAUGAAAAUGUCUGUGCUCUUCGGAAUCGCUCAAAUGACAUUCGGAGUGUUGCUUUCGUAUAAAAAUUUCACAUAUUUCAAAUCGGAUUUGGAUGUCAAAUACAUGUUCAUCCCACAAAUGAUCUUCCUCUCCUCGAUUUUCAUCUAUUUAUGCAUUCAAAUUCUCGCCAAAUGGUUGUUCUUCGGAUCGGCUCCUGGAUCGGUACUAGGAUACACUUAUCCCGGAACCAACUGUGCUCCAUCUCUUCUUAUCGGACUUAUCAAUAUGUUCAUGAUGAAAAGUCGCAAUGCUGGAUUCGUGGAUGAAGAAGGAAACAUCGUUCCGCAGUGUUGGCUGAGCACCUGGUAUCCAGGGCAGUCCUUCUUCGAAACGAUUUUCGUCCUGGUCGCGAUCGCGUGCGUUCCCGUUAUGCUCUUCGCCAAACCGUAUUACUUGUGGAAAGAGGAAAAAGAACGGCGCGAGGGGGGUCAUCGACAAUUGGCUACAAUUGAAAUCGUACUCGUGAUUUUGGCACUCGUCCAAGUGCCUAUUAUGUUAUUCGCCAAACCAUGGCUUUUAUAUCAACGGGAAAAGAAACAGACGAGAUACAGUACCCUUGGAGGAAGUGGAGGAGGAGCGUCAACGAGUCAGAGCGUCCGCGCUGAUAUUGCUCAAGAUGACGCCGAAGUGGUUCACGCUCCAGAACAGACGCCAAAACCCGCCGGACAUGGACACGGACACGGAGAUGGACCAUUGGAAAUGGGAGAUGUGAUGGUUUAUCAGGCGAUUCACACCAUUGAAUUCGUUCUUGGAUGUGUUUCUCACACUGCCUCGUACCUUCGUUUGUGGGCUCUCUCGUUGGCUCACGCUCAACUUUCGGAUGUUCUCUGGACGAUGGUAUUCCGUAAUGCAUUUGUGUUGGAUGGCUACGCAGGAGCUGUAGCCACGUAUAUUCUGUUCUUCAUAUUUGGAUCGCUUUCGGUGUUCAUCUUGGUUCUUAUGGAAGGUCUCUCAGCGUUCCUUCACGCUCUUCGUCUUCAUUGGCAAGCAAAAAAAACUACUGUAGUUACUUUCUACGGAGGUCUCGGAUACGAAUUCGCUCCAUUCUCGUUCGAAAGGAUUUUGGCCGAAGAACGAGAAGCCGAAGAGAAUCUUUAA